AUGAAGGGCGCUUACUCCGCUAUACGGGAACCUUUUUCAUCAACUGCGCGUCAUACUGCACAAUUAUUUGUGAAGACCGGGAAUUUGAAGAGGGCUCAAACCAUCAAGCAAACAGAUGAACUGGUCUCUCUCUCUGCGACGUGCACAAUUGCCUCGUUCCCGAGCGCCCCGGAGCAGUACCCAGCGCGUCAAUUCGCCAAGCAAGGUUCGGCGUCAGAGCGUGUCCUAUCUCUUCGUCUUCUGGUGGCCGAGAAGAUUCGAUCAUAG